UGCAAAUUCUUCCGUCCUUUCGCCAGACGACGAUGGGGGCUCUGAGACUACCUUCUCUCUCCACUAUCUUCACAUCUUCAUCCUCUACAAGAUUCUCAUCCCGUUCUUCUUCGGUUUUCAGGCGAUCCAGCCGCCUUCCUCAUCUUAUACGACCUCUCAACUCAGCCAAUUUCUCUGCUCAGAGUACUGUGCAGAAAGCAGCCACCAAUGAGGUAGGAUCAUCGGGGCAGAAAUCCAAAAACCAAGACAGAGUCAUUACACCUCGUUCUCAGGACUUCAAUGCUUGGUACCUUGAUGUCAUUGCCAAUGCUGAACUAGCCGAUUAUGGUCCUGUUCGCGGUACCAUGGUAAUUCGCCCUUAUGGUUACGCCAUUUGGGAAGCAAUUCAGGAUUAUUUGAAUGUUAAGUUCAAAGAGACUGGUCACAGCAACAUGUACUUUCCACAGUUUAUUCCAUACUCAUUUAUUGAAAAAGAAGCUAGCCAUGUUGAGGGUUUUAGUCCAGAAUUGGCUGUUGUGACCAUUGGAGGAGGGAAAGAACUUGAAGAAAAGCUUGUGGUUCGACCAACUAGUGAAACCAUCGUCAAUCAUAUGUUCACUCAGUGGAUUCAUAGUUAUCGUGACCUUCCUUUAAUGGUCAACCAGUGGGCAAAUGUCACGAGGUGGGAAAUGCGUACAAAACCUUUUGUGAGGACACUAGAAUUUCUUUGGCAAGAGGGCCACACUGCUCAUGCUACUCCCGAAGAGGCUGAGAAAGAGGCAUUACAGAUGAUUGAUGUCUAUACAAAAUUUGCUUACGAGCAAACUGCAAUACCUGUUAUUGCAGGUCGAAAAUCAAAAGUGGAGACAUUUGCAGGUGCUUCUAGGACCUAUACAAUUGAAGCAAUGAUGGGUGACAAAAAGGCUCUUCAAGCUGGAACCAGUCAUAACCUUGGACAAAACUUUUCUCGUGCAUUUGACACUCAGUUCAUGGAUGAAAAUGGGGAAAGGCAACACGUAUGGCAGACAUCCUGGGCUGUAAGCACCCGUUUUGUUGGUGGUAUUAUCAUGACCCAUGGGGAUGAUGCCGGUUUGAUGCUUCCUCCAAAGAUUGCACCCAUACAGGUGGUAAUUGUCCCAAUAUGGAAGAAGGAUGAUGAGAAAACUGGAGUUCUUGAGGCUGCUUUCACUGUAAAAGAUAUUUUAAAGUCUGCUGGUAUCAGAAUAAACCUUGAUGACUCAGACCAACGAACCCCGGGAUGGAAAUUUAAUUUCUGGGAAAUGAAGGGUGUCCCUCUGAGAAUUGAAAUUGGCCCACGUGAUGUUUCAAACGGGAGCGUCGUAAUAUCUAGGAGAGAUAUUCCUGGGAAACAAGGAAAAGUUUUUGGAAUUUCCAUGGAACCUUCAAGUCUGGUAGCCUAUGUUAAAGAUAAGUUAGAUGAAAUCCAGUCAUCAUUACUAAACAGAGCUUCUACAUUCCGUGACAGCAACAUUGUAGACGUGGGAUCUUAUGAGGAGCUCAAAGAUGCAAUCAAUCAAGGGAAAUGGGCAAGGGGGUCUUGGUCAGCUAGUGAUAAAGACGAGUUGAAGGUGAAAGAAGAAACAGGAGCAACCCUCAGGUGUUUCCCUUUCGAACAGCCCAAGGACAGACAAAAGACAUGCUUCAUGACCGGCAAUCCAGCUGAGGAAGUUGCACUUUUCGCCAAAUCAUAUUGAGAAUCUGAAUUCUGAACAACAACCACCAUUCUCCUGAGGUACGCAGUAAUAUUCUGCUCUGUAAUGCUGUUUCAUAUUUAUGGCCAGAUUGAAAAGGAGAAUCUGUUGUAUAGAACAAUCCCACCAUUGCUAGGUUUAGGAAAUAAUCUAUCUUUGUAUACUAUAAAGUUAAUUUUUCUUUGGUUUAAUUUAGAUUCUUGUACCAAAUAUCAUAUUAAUUCAUUAAUUUGCACACA